GCCCGUUCAGUUCUGGCUGCAAAGACCCGCUCCACCCCCCGGGAGAGGGCCUCCACGACUCCCCAGUAUCCUGGCUAAAACCUGGCGGGGGCUUGACGAUCAGGGGAGAGAACCAUCUGCUGUUCUUCCUCGGGCUGAUACAGAAGAUGCCUGCAGACAGUAAAAGUAUCCUGGCAGCGGAGAGCGAGGAGAGAACCCAUGCGGUUCCAGGUCACGGGCAGUGCUGUGGAGACAUGCUCUCUGGGCAGGAGGAGACAGUACCCUUGGGAACCUCUCAGGAGUCAACACUUGUUAAGGCAGAGCCAGAAGAACCACACCCUGAGGGGGCAUCACUGGAGGACAGGGCUCUAGGAACUCAGGGCUGGAUGCCCCGGAGUCCUGGCUCUAAGGAGAAAGCCCUGUUCCUGCCCAGUGGAGUUCUUCCCUUAACCUGGAUUCCUGUACUUUCCCGAGCCGGAAGGACCAGAGAACAGCAGGUGGCUGCAGCUCUCCUCGCUGCCUGGUCCCAGAUGCCGGUGACCUUUGAGGAUGUGGCUCUGUACCUCUCCCGGAAGGAGUGGGGAAGGCUGGACCACACACACCAACAUUUCUACAGGGAUGCAGUACAGGAAAAAAGUGGCCUGGCUUUGGGGUUUCCGUUUAGCAGACCUUUCUGGGUCCCCCAAGUUCAGGGGAAGGGCGAGGUGGCAAGUUCCAGCAGACCAACAGGAGCUGAGGAGAGGCGAGGCCUUGGCUCAGGAGCUGUGGAAAUGGGGAAGUUGGUACCAACCCUAGCCAUGGCAGCCCUAGGGGAUGAGAAACCCUUAAGGACCAGGGCCAGGUGGGCUCCAGGGGAAGAGCCACGGUGUGGUCAGCAAGUGGCUAGCGGCCUAGAUGCAAAGAUGACCAGAGACGCUGGAGAAGCCAGGCAACCAAAGCCAUCCCCACCCAACACAUAUCCUCUCAAGACCCCAAAGGACGGCGGUCCAGAGAAGCCCAGUGAGGAGGAGGGUGUCCUGGAAAGUGGCGAGGAGGGUCUGGUCCCUGACGGUGGAACAGGCAAGAUGUACACGUGCACACAAUGCGGCAAGGGCUUCAGCUGGCACUCGCACCUGGUGACGCACCGGCGCACGCACACCGGUGAGAAGCCCUAUACCUGCACCGACUGCGGCAAGCGCUUCGGCCGCAGCUCACACCUCAUCCAGCAUCAGAUCAUCCACACGGGCGAGAAGCCCUACACCUGCCCCUCAUGUUGGAAGAGCUUCAGCCACCACUCCACACUGAUCCAACACCAGCGUAUCCACACCGGUGAGAAACCCUACGUGUGCGACCACUGUGCCAAGCGCUUCACCCGCCGCUCGGACCUAGUCACACACCAGGGCACGCACACCGGCGCCAAGCCGCACAAGUGCCCUAUCUGCGGCAAAUGCUUCACUCAGAGCUCUGCUCUGGUCACACACCAGCGCACCCACACCGGCAUCAAGCCCUACCCGUGCCCGGAGUGCGGCAAGUGCUUCAGCCAGCGCUCCAACCUCAUCGCGCACAAUCGCACACACACGGGCGAGAAGCCAUACCACUGCCUUGACUGCGGCAAGAGCUUCAGCCAUAGCUCGCACCUCACUGCCCACCAGCGCACCCACCGCGGUGUGCGGCCCUAUUCCUGCCCACUCUGUGGCAAGAGCUUCAGCCGCCGCUCCAACCUGCACCGGCAUGAGAAGAUCCACACGACCGGACCCAAGGCUCUAGCCAUGCUCAUGCUGGGGGCGGCGGCGGCGGCAGGGGCGCUCACUGCACCCCCAUCUGCUCCCACUUAGAAGCCAAAGAGCGAGCAAGCAGGGAGAACACCCAGGGAAGCUGGGUCAGUUCUCGCUGGUGCUAGGACACUGCGUCCUCGCCAGUAGGAUGGACAAGGGUGAGGGCGGGAAGCUGUAAGGUGCCAUUGCUGGCACCAGGUGGGACAUGGUGAUGGGAGGAGAAGGGAAAGCACUCUAGCUGCAGAUUAAAGGCCCUGGAUUUCAAGCUGUGGCCUGUCGCUCUAUCUGCCCGGUUCUUAAGCCGAUCUCCGAGCAUCGGCAGCUCUUGGUUCUCUCAGGUGUCCCUGAGUCACCACUUUUGCCCUGGGAAGCCUCUCGUGCCUAACCUUGUCUCGGAUCAGGGACCAUUUGUCAGAGCUUUGGAGCCUGUCCUGGAACUAGCUCUUGUAGACCAGGCUGGCUUCGAACUCAUAGAGAUCCGCCUGCCUCUGCCUCCCGAGUACUGGGAUUAAAGGCGUGCGCCACCACCGCCCAGCCAUUGGGACAUUUUUUAGGAAAUUAGUUUUUGUGGUUGUUGUUGGUGUCUAUAUAUGUGUAUGCGUGGGGUGCGCAUGUGCCACGUUGCACCUGUGGAAGUCCAAGGACAGCUUUUACAAUUGGUUCUCUACCAUGUGGGCUCCAGAUAUGGAACUCAAGUUGUCAGGCUUGGUUGGCAGUAGAUGUGUUUUCCUGCUAAGACAUCUGAUUUUGUUUUUCGAGACCAAAUUUCAUGUAGGGUAGCUGGAAACAAUCUUUGUUACCGAUGCUCCUUGCCUCUACCUCCUAGGUACUUAGAUCAUAGGUGCAAACCACCCAGCUCAUCUUGGGACCAUAGGUCUGUAAACAAAGGCUCUGAGUUCAGCUUCCCAGCUGGAAGACAGCCAGUCACUUCUGAAAGUGGAGCCGGGGAAAGGGGGUCCCUUCAACUUGCAUCAUGUCACAAGGGACCUUGGCUCUCACUGAGCCCUAUCCUCUCCUUUGGCUUUCAUGUCGGGAACCUGGAGCAGGGAAACUCGUUUCCUGUCUACUGAAUUGGAUCACCUUCCUCGAGCUCCUGGCUAUUUUGUGGGUAUCUCUUCCAUUUGCUUAUGCUGGGGCCUGCCAGGGAAACCAAGAAGUCCUCACCAGGGACCACUCUCCCCUCUCAUGCCUUCUGCAGCUACUACCAACCCUGCUGCUCACUUCCUUGGGAUGUGCCAUUUAUAAUGUGUGGUACCUUCCCAUUUGGCUUUGAACAAAAGUUCUGAUUCUUAACCCCUGUGGCAUCCAUUCCAUCUGCUCCUUUCUGAACCCAGGGCCCAGCCUUAUCCUGCACUGUGGCUCAGCUGCCACGAGAACACUCAGCUCUGAUACCCAGAGAGGCCUCAGGGAACUGCAUGCUGUCUGCAGCUCUGGGUGGUGCCUACCUUCUAAGGGAAACAGUUCUGUAGCUUGAAUAGGAUACAGAGAAUAGUAACAAUGGCUGCCCAGGCUUGGACAGAGCCAGCGGAUCUGUUGUGUGUGUUGUCUACGUUACCUCUACUCUCUGGCAGGGUUUGCUGCCUCGGUUUUGUUUGUUUGUUUUAUUUGUCUGUUUCACGUGCAUUGGUGUUUUGUC